AUGACCAUCGCCCGCUACGCUGUCAAACUUACGGGUCUGUACCCACAGGACCCGCUCGAGUGUCUGCGCGUGGACAUGGUGUCCGAGUCGCUCGUUGAUGUAAAGACGCUUAUCUCGGAGAUUGCAUACCGUACUCCAGACGAAGCUGCUAAGACUGAGAAGACAAAGAAACAGCUGGAGGAAAGCGUGCAUAAGACAUUCAAAGUGCUGGAUGGAUUCAUCCAAAAGGGACCCUUCUUUCUGGGCGACAAUACGACGUACGGGGAUCUGAAGUUCUACGACCUGACUAAGAAUGGACUCGGUAAGUUUCCGGGGGGUUCACCGAGCAGGUAUCCUAAGCUCACAAUACUCGUGAGUAAGGUGGAGUCUGAUCCCAACGUGGCGGCUUAUCUCGCGAAACAUCAACAGUAG